UUCAUUUUCGGCCAUACUGUGUUCUUUCUGAAGGUCGCACUUCAAGUAAGCUUCAUUGAUUACCAGUUGACAACACCGACCACAGCCAUGAGUCGUUCUAGGCAGGGCAGUAUAUCCGGACAUCAUCAGAGCUCACUGAUUAUGCGUCCUCAACCAUUACCACAACCCUAUGGAUCUUCCCACACUGCCGGACAAACUACUUCCGCAAAACUUGAAGAAGCACCUCUGAGUGGCACCCCUAUAACCCCUCCAGUGAAGGCUCGUUCACCUCCUAGGUUCUGGCUCAUGGUCCUGCUCAGCAACAUGAUCACAGUGGCCAUCCUAGUGCCUUUGUUUUUCGCCGUCUUCCGCUGCAGCACUGGUUCUGAGCCCACCUUGCCGUCAUCGUACACAGUUUGUAAUUCCUCUUUUUGCAAAAAGUAUGCCACAGGAAUCAUCUCUUCGCUCAGUGAAAAGGAGGAACCGUGCAAGCAUUUCUACAACUACGUGUGCGAAGGAUGGAAGGAGAGCAACAAGGGGAUGAGUGUCCUGGGUCAGCUGGCCCUGAGAUCCAGGAGUGCAAUACUCAGCUUCUCUCGGGACCUCCAAGCCUUAAAAGGUCAACCACCGUCCGUUCAUGCAGCUGCCGUCCUUCUUCGCAAAUGCUUUGAACUCCAAACACAAGGGCUCAGUGAGAUGGACGAACUGAAGAAGAUAAUUUCAGGCGCCAACUUAUCGUGGCCGGAAAGAAGCACUCGAAGCGUCGAUCUCUUAAGUGUGCUUGUAUACUGGGCGGUGAUGUACGAAGUGAACGCCUGGUUUAGCGUCGAUAUAGCCUACGAGACGUUGGAGAACAAAGCAGUUGUCUUCGUUCUUUUUGCCGAGUCGGACACAUGCCGGUGGAAAAUCACGCGGGACAGGUUGAUGGACGAAGGUAGAUAUGAAGACAUUGUACGGGCGUUCCUACAUGAGUCCGCGUUCCAGGGCAACGACGCUGCAAUGCAUUCUCAAGCGCAGCAUAUUAUCGACUUGGAAGGAAAGAUAAUCAAGGAUCUGUGCAAGGACAAUAAACCAAUUGCACCUCCAGCUAACGCCCGCGACAAAUGGAAGACAGCUGUGCAGCAGCAUUUGAUCAAUAUAUUUGGCAAGGAUGCCCCCGAAGUCACCCUACGAUAUAUACCCGGGUACCUGUCCAAUGUAGAUCAGCUGAUCUCUCAAUCAAGCCUCAAUAGUGAUCUUGCUUACGCAAUCACGUGGACAAUAGUGCGAAUUCUGGCGCCGUACUUCAGCAGUCACCUGGGCGGAAAAGCCUUUAACAACCAAGACGAAGCUUUGAGGGCGUGUAUCUUUAAAGUGCGUGUCAUAGCAGGGCCUAACGUUGAACGCCUGUUCGGUUCCAAUGUACUCAACAACGAAGCGCAACUUGAAAUCCUCCGUAUGUUCAAUACCAUUCAAGACCAGGUGACCAAUCAAAUCAACCAAAGCACUUGGCUGGAUAGUCCUACAAGGAUGAAUGCUAUCGCUCGCCUACGCCGUAUCGCACUCCACGUAGCGCUGCCGACGGUCACCCACCUAGAGGAACUGUACCACGGCUUUAGCGUCGACGACACCGCGACAUUUGCAUCUGCAUUUAAGACUGCAGUUUAUGCAACGCGAAAGGCCUCGUGGGGACGAAUGAGGACGACCGUUAUGGAAAAUCUAUUUGAUGUGAAUGCGUAUUUCUUUCCUACAGCACUGCAAGUUGUAAUUGCUCUGGCUAUGUUUCAAACUCCUCUAUACGAUCCUGACAUGCCAAAGGCGGUUUUGUAUCCUGCUCUGGGCCAUAUCUUCGCCCACGAGAUGAUGCACGCUUUUGACGCAAACUGGCACAAAUAUAACCAGUAUGCCGAGAUGGAAGACUGGUGGAGUCCAAAGGUCUACGACAAGUACCUCGAGAAAACUGCUUGCAUACGGAGGACUCAUCAGAAUUACCGUAAGGUCUUCGGCCGUCAGCUGUUGCCAAAGUACGAUCCGGAGAGGUUUGCCGAUCUGGCGGGUGUACCAGCAUUGUUGGCUGCGUCUCGCAAGCAUACUUCAGACGUGAAACUGCCAGGAAUGGAACAUUUCAGCCGGAACGAGCAGUUUUUCAUUGCCCUCUGCUAUGCCCAGUGCUCCAACAUAUCAUCACCAGAAGACGCAGUACAUGCCCCUGCUGAAGAGCGUUGCAAUGUUCCCUUAAUGAAUCUUGAAGCAUUCUCCGAAGCCUUUUCUUGUGCUGAAGGGGACCCGAUGAACCCAAAAGAGAGGUGUACCGUUUGGUAACCACUGUGAUUAAAUAUUUGUGCCUAAACAUGCAUACAUUAUGCACACAACUUUGGCGGCACAACUGGGUCAUUCUGACAUUCAGAGUCAGU